CUCUGAUUUAGAGACAUUGACCACUUGUCUGCUUUCGAUCAUUCGUCCCUUUUAAUCGUCUUCUACACAGAUUGAUUGUUCCACCUCAUAUGCCAUGGAUUCUUAUUCACUAAAGGGUAUUGAGCUUGGGAAGCUUGUGUUGAGCUCCGGUCUCUUAGACAGCUCAUGGAGUAAGAUCUCUGAGAUACACAAAUCAAACUAUCCGAAUAAAGAUUCAGCUCUAGGAAUCAAGAUCUACCGAGAAGCUAAAUUCACCUUUGUGGUUUUCGCUGCACCACCGCUUCGCAGAGAUGGAUCUUUAAACCCUACCUCUACUCUUCUUUCUCGGUCAGAGAAUCAGAACCCGUUUCAGUUUCUGUGCUCCGACAAGAUCUCCUCAUUCUCUCUUCAUAAACCUGCUUAUGAGCUUUUUUCCUCUGCUUAUAAAGCUCUCUCUCCCCUCAAAUCAGAGUUGCUGGAGUCUAAUAAACCGGUGAUCAUCACCGGAGCUGCGUUAGCAGGAUCCGUCGCAUCCCUCUUUACGCUAUGGCUUCUAGAAACCAUCGACCCAAAAUUUAGUGAAAAAAAAAAAGAAACUAUCGACCCAAAACGUCCCCGUCCACGUCCACGUCCCUUGUGCAUCACGUUUGGGUCGCCACUAAUCGGAGACGCUUCUCUGCAACGGAUUCUUGAGAAUUCCCUGAGGAAUUCAUGUUUCCUUCACGUGGCUGAUGCUGCCCAAACUCUCAUCGCCGCGGGUUUCGAGCCUUUUGGGUCGUUCUUGAUCUGUUUUGACUCCGAAUGUAACUGGAUCGAGGACCCUGAGGCGGUCAAGGAGUUGCUAAAGGGUGAUAAUACGGAUCUGGUAGACUACGGCAAGAUUCUACAUCGUCUGAAACAAUCGGUGUUUUCUACGGCGGAUUCUGCAGGGUUGAUCACUAAUGAUGUUAUCAAAGGAAUGAAGAAACGACUGAAGAAGAAGAAGCAGCGUUUUGAUCAGGUGAAGAAACUAAACGACAUGAAGAUAGCAAUGGCUUAUAUGGAGCGUUACAAAAAGAAAAGCAAGGAGAAGAACAUCGGUUACUACGAUGAUUUCAAGACCCAACUAGUUUUUCUUUAUGAGGGUCUCAGGAAACAGCUAAACGAUUACUGGGUAUCGGUGGUUGAAGAAGCAGAGAAGAAGCCUCAGAGCGAUGUAUCAAUUCUCAGGAAACGGUUUCUACUCGCCGGCAACAAUUACAGACGGUUGAUGGAACCGUUUGAUAUUGCUGAAUACUAUCGCAAUGGUGGGAAAGAUUAUCGAAACUCGGAUAGAGGAAGGUCUUCCCACUAUGUUACGCUCGAGAAAUGGUUUGGAGAUGCGUCGAUAGAAAAGACUAGAGGUGAAAAGAGUGAUUUGAGUCAUCUUUUAACGUUUGAUUCUUGCUUUUGGGCUGAAGUGGAGGAAGCUAUGAUCGUGAUCAAGUCGCUGGAAACACACGAGGGGAUGAGAGACGAGGCAUCGAUGGCGAGACUCGUGAAGUUUGAGGAAUACGUGUGGGGGUUGAUCGGAAAGCGUGAGGUUUCGCCGGAGAUAUUCUUGGAGAAGAGCAGUUUCAUGAAGUGGUGGAAAGAGUACAAAGAGAUCAAAGGCUUUAAUUCAGACUUCACCGAGUUUAUGAACACUGGCAAGUACAAGAGUUAUGGUAAACUGAGCUGUCGGUUGAUAUUGCUGACCUGUCGGUUGUUGUAUGUCAAAUUGUCAGUUGAUAUUGCUGACCUGUCGGUUGUACUGUUGUAUGCCUCUUAA